CGACAAAAGAUACUCAUAGAAGAAAGGGUUAAUACCCUAGUUUGGUCCGAAGUUUAGCGUUAGUGAUAGUUUUGGCCUCAUUUUUAAAUAAGACAUUUAUAACAUAUUUUCAAAAUUAUUGGACGAAUUUGGCCCGACAUUUGGGUUGACCGUUAAACCUGAUAAUCAAACUUUUUCACCGUUAAUGACUCAACAAAAACUGCUGAUAUGGCAAUGACAUGGCUACCACGUAUCUUCACUGAUGAUUGACUAAUCUCCCAAACUCAUAACCCUAAAUUUGAACAGCAGGGAGGCAGCAGGGGAGCUUUGUGCGGUUGGCGGUGUAGCGGAGGAGGCAAUAUUCGAUGCUAACUUCCAUAGUCGUUUGGCGGUUGCGCUCCGCAAGGGGAAAUCCACAAGGGAACUCUUUGGAGGUUUCAAUCUGGUGGUACGGAGGGAGGGCAGCGCACGCCGAUGACUCUUCAGCUGCUCCGGGAGCUGUCGACUUACACCCUGUCUAGCAUAGUUUCCUUCUUGUUGUGUUGUGAGAAGGUUUUGUGAAAAUAGAAGCAACACAACACAAGACCAACACAACUCAAAUAAAAAACCCAAAUAAACGGAAAAAGACAAUUAUUGUGGUUGGGGAAUCUGAAAAUCAAAAGCCAGCAACUGCCAAGUCCGAGAUGUAGAAACUUCUUCCCCAUCCACUUCCUCCGACUCCGCCGAAACCCUUCCAAGACAGAAACCCACCUUUAUCAUCGCCAUCUCCACCUUCCCUCUUGACGUUGUGCGGUCAUCGACGCUAUGGGGUCGUCAAUGUUGGUUGGUGACGAAAUUGAUGGAGCGGGUGGAGGAGGAAGGAAGAGGAGGGUCGGGAUUGGACGUUGGGGUCGACAGAAGGAAUUGAGAAGAUGGGCAAGGAGUGGUGACGGCGACGGAGGAAGUUAUUCCGACAAGGCUUGGCGACGAGGACGAUUGGAUUGAAAAGUGGAGGAGGAGUGGCUACGGUGGCGCGAGGAGUGGUGGAUGGUGGUGUGGAGAGAUGGAUGAAACGAAACAAGGAAGAUGAAUAGUGGCGUGGAAGAAGACAUGAUUGGUAAAGGAAAAAAAAGGAAUAAAGGAAAAAGGAAACGAAACACAUCCAAAGCCACUUUUUGGCGUUUCUCAAAUUUGGGUCCGGUCGUGGAAAUGUGUUGCACAACAAAAAUAGAAAACACUACUAAACCUGUUUUUUUUCUUGGUUUUCACAAUUCUUAAAAGCACAACAGAAAACAGAAACGAGCAACAAUACUAAACGAACCCUAAGGGAAAUGAGAAGGGCUAGAAGGUGAGGAGGAAGACUGGAGAUUUCCGUUUUGGUGAGGGGAAACAAAGAAGAUGGAUCGAGAAGGCAGAAGGUGAGGAGGAAGAAGGUGGAGUCAUUGAAAAGCGACGGGAGGAGUCAGGAGAGUGAAUUAGGGAUUUCAUCCCUUUGCCUUCAUCGUCUCUAGUUAGGGAUGGAGUUAAAUGAGAUGGCAAGAUAGAAGGGAUGGAGGUGAAAUAGGAAUUUGAGAAUUUCAUCCCUCUACCUUUAUCAUUUUAUUGUUUAUUUUCAUGUUUUAUUUAGAAAUUUUAACAUAAAUAAUUUAACGAAUUUUUUUAACAUAAAUAAAUUAUGCGGAAAUAAUGUGGACGACACGUCAUUGCCACCUCAACACUAUUUGAGUCACUGACGGAAUAAAUAUUUGACCGUUAGUUUUAACGGUCAACCCAAAUGUCGGGCCAAAUUUGUCCAAUAAUUUUGAAAGUAGGCCAUAAAUGUCUUAUUUGAAAAAUGGAGCUAGAACUGUCACUAACGCUAAACUUCGGGCCAAACUAGGGUAUUAACCCUAGAAGAAAUGUAAAAUCUCAAAAUUUAUCCGAAUAAAAAUCUAAAAUAUUAUUUGUUGGGCUAAGUGAUUCGUCAAAAUUCCAUGGUACCGUACCGGAGGUUCAAACACGAAAUAUCAGUAUCGGAGGCUAAAUCGGCAGGUGAUAUUUAACGGUCUAACGGUUGAACUACGAUUAAACCACAUUUUUAUCAUAAAAUAUCAUACCGCUGAUUUUUCCGAUACGAUAUCCGAUGAGCAUGCUAAAUUCCCGUCAAUGAAGCAAGCCCAGCCCAUAUCUCCAUGGAGACGGGCAAGGACCCUUAAAUCGGAGCCAAUCUUCUGGUUCUGGUUUAGUUCUGGCUGGUUUUUUCGGUUCGGUGGUUUAUGCUAACCAAACAGCCAGGCCCACGAGUGAGUAACCGUUUUGCCUAGACAAAGCUGCUGUAAACUCAGUGAGCAGAGACCAACCAACCUCCUAUUACCUUUUCCCCAUCGCCGAUCUUAAGCUUAGCUCUCCUCCUUGGCCGUGCCUGGCGCCGUCGCCGGUGCUCGGAUUUUUCUGAUGUUCGAUUCCCGAACUGAAAAAUUACAACUCCUCUUUGCCCCGGGAGGGAUCGGAGAAGUGGAACUUCCGUGCUUCAAUUGAGAGUUCGAAUCGAAAAUCAAAUCGGAGAGAGCAGAGCGUCGACAGUUGGAAGAAGAUGCUCGGCGGUAGUGCCAGCAAAGGGGCAGGAAGCAGAGGAUCCAGCUCGGGUUAUGGAUCUAGGAUCCCGACUCUAUUGUUCUCGAUGUUUGCUACUUUCGCUUCCAUUUACGUCGCCGGCCGGUUAUGGCAGGAUUCGCAGCAUAGGGUUUAUUUGAUUAAAGAGCUCGACCGGAUUACUGGGCAGGGCCAAUCUGCCAUAUCAGUAGAAGAUACAUUGAAGAUCAUUGCUUGCAGGGAACAGCAGAAGAAGUUAUCAGCUCUAGAGAUGGAAUUGGGUUCGGCUAAGCAAGAGGGGUUCACUGCUGAUUCUUUAGCUGAAAAUGAUGAUACUCAGCCAAAGAAACGACACCUCGUAGUGUUAGGAAUCAUGACAGUAUUCAACCAUAAGAAUAACCGUGAUGCAGUUCGAAAAGCUUGGAUGGGAAGUGGUGCAACUUUGAAGAAAAUGGAGAUGGACAAAGGUAUAACCGCACGGUUUGUAAUUGGACGAAGUGCAAAGCGUGGAGACACCCUGGACAGAACCAUCGACAGUGAAAAUAAGCAGACUGAUGACUUCAUAAUUCUUGAUGAUCAUGUGGAGUCUACUGAUGGACUAUCGAAGAAGGCUAAAUUGUUUUUCGCCCAUGCUAUACAUAAAUGGGAUGCAGAGUAUUACGGAAAAGUGAAUGACAAUAUCUAUGUCAAUAUUGAUGCUCUGGGAGCUACUUUAGCAACCUUUUUGAACAAACCCCGUGCCUACAUUGGUUGCAUGAAAUCCGGUGAAGUUUUCUCUGAACGGAAUCACAAAUGGUAUGAACCAGAUUGGUGGAAAUUUGGCGAUAGGAAAUCGUACUUCCGCCAUGCUUCUGGUGAGAUGUAUGUCAUGUCACGAGCUCUUGCUAAGUUCAUAUCCAUCAACAGAUCUGUCCUCCGCUCGUAUGCGCAUGAUGAUGUCAGUACCGGAUCCUGGUUUAUUGGGCUUGAUGUCCAGCAUGUUGAUGAAUCUAAGUUCUGUUGCUCAUCCUGGUCUUCAGGAGCUAUUUGUGCAGGAGUCUAAUUCAAGCCUAUUUCGAGUACAUAGAAGCAGAUGGAAGAAGAAACAGUAAAACAACUAUGAUACUGACAGAUGACUGGUCUUCUAUACAGUUGCUUUACCCUUUGAAGUUAUGGUGAUUUCAUACUCCAAGUUUGACCUCGUCUAUCGAUACAUAUAUACAGAAUUCGAAAUCGAAAAGUGAGAUAGCAACGUCGAGAGCGUGUUGUAUUUUCCUCGUUGAACUGCUUCUGAGUGACCUAUAGUUGUUAGAUGUUGCUGUAGUUCUUUGAUUGUAUGACACAGAUUAUAAGUUAGCAACAGACUUCGAUAUUGUGUUGGCUAUCAAAGCUAAGAGUGAUCUACAGGUGUUUGAUCAUUAAAUCCAUACCCUUCCCGUCCUGAACAUAAUUAAGACGAUGCAGUCAUUCAAAAUCUAAAAUCCACAUCAUUGUCCAUUUGUUUUAACACAAAUAUACAAGUCUCAACCACUAUUCUCGUGUUGCCACCCAAUUUCUUUACCGAAAUUCUUGAACAUCUUUUCGAUAUAAUGUGACUGACACAAAGUGAUACCCACACUAUAUUUAUUUACUUUGAUAGCUAAAAUAAUAUCAAGUUCUCCAAAAUCUUCCAAUUGAAAACAUUGAAGUUAGAUACUCCCUACCAUCAAUUAUUCUCUUCAUUCUAGUUUCUAUUAUUAUAAAUUCACAAACCACAAAGGCAUAUGAUGACUACAUAAUCUAUGGUGCACUCUAAAUAAAUGCACAUGUCAUCAAAUUUAUGAGAAAAAUCCAUGAGCCAAAACUUCGAAAUCAAAUGUCUCGUGUCAUUACUUAGGUGUUUGCUUUAGAUCAUACAAAAACUUCAACAACAUACACAUCUUUCUUUCAUUUCCAAACAACACGAACCUUUCUGGUUGCUCAAUGUACACGUCUUCAUAUAAGUCAUCAUUUAAAAAUGUCAUCCUAACAUCCAUUUAGUGUACAAAUAUCUCAAGUCCCAACCAAGAUUAUUAAUCCGCAGGAGUACCGUCCCUAAUCCGGUGCUCUAACCAGGUCAAACCCGGUCAACCCCGGGAAAACCGGACGGUAACCGAGCACCGGGCUGGAAACCGCGGUUUGAUUGAAGAGAAUCGCAAAUCGCAUGCCUCUUUGUUCCAAUUUCCCAAUUCCGAAGCCCUAUUCUGGUUUAUCUAAUCAUCUUUCUCCCACAAACAUAGCUUGCAGCGGCGGUCGAGAGUCGACAUCACCAGCUAGCCUCGCCGGCGUCAGUCGUCUCGCGCCCUUCUCUGCCGCCUUUCCCAAGCUUAUAUAGAGCCAAACCCUAAAAACCUCGCAUAUGGAAAGUAAAGGUUGGAGAAGUUCUAAACUGGAAUGUCUGUAGCGCAACGGCGGCGGGAGUGACCGCAGUGAGCUCAGUAGCCAGCCGCCGUCUUCUAUGAAUUGAAACGCAGAAAAACACAGAGCUGACAGAAAGUCGAAGAGGCAUCGGGCAGAAAAGCUUAACCGGCCUGCCCCCAACCUAAUGCCAAAGAGAAUUCAGACGCUCUACUGAACACAUAAACAGCAUGCAUAGACAUCUGUAAGUUCUGUUACUCAGAUUUUCGUCGGAGUCCCGUCUGGAGGCAUUACCUUAUUUAGUUUCCGACUUCCCCUUGUUCUUUUGGAUGCAGAGGCAAAAUUCCCUUCUUGUCAAUUGCAAACUCCGUUUGUAGAUUGAAAUCGCAAGUUCAUGUGAGUUCUCCGUCACUAUUCCGUUCCUUGUUCAGAAUCAUUAUCGAGUUCAGAGUGAUAAAGUUUCAGAGUUCUGCUACAAGAGAAUGCUAAUGUAGAUUUUGGGAUUGCUUACUCCAUGCGUGGCUCAUUUCUUUUUUAGCCGGUUGCUAAAUGUCAGGGACGAACACAACAAUCUAUUCACCAGUCGUGGUUCCCUCGUGCUUUCGCCACUUCAUUUGGUAGGCUGUUUGUAUGCAGCACUCUAAUUUGGUUGGUUCAUUGCAUUUCUUGCAGUUUGUUGUUGAUCUUAUUUGUUAUUAACAGCUUUAGGUCAUAGGCUAUAUGAAUGGUAUUCUUUUUACAGUAUGUAUUCUGGUUGUUAGAAUCUCAGUAGCCACUGCUUCAGGUAUAAGCAUCGUGCGAUGAUUCGAUAUUCAUUUUAUCAUUAGCAUACACUCAACGUUCUUAUACAAAUUGCUUCUCUUGAGGAGGGUUUUGACUACCAUUCUUUCUUUAUACAAAUAAGUGUCAUAUCCCUUCAUAUGCAUGGAUUGUACUGUCUGUUUGGGUACUGGACCAAUGUGACUCUCAAUUUGACAAUGGUUUCCUUUGUGUUUUACUAUUACUGCCUUUAUCAAUAGUUUGAGACUCUGAUAGGAAUAUGGUUAUUUCCUGACAGUCCUAUAGUCUCAGAUGCAGAUUAUGAUUUUUCGGGUGAAGGAUUAAAAGUAAGGGAGCCCUUGCAUCAGCGAAUAGUUGAUUCACUUCACUCGGGAAAAAGAGACGAGGCAUCAAACUUUCUUGUCGACCUGGGCAAUGCAAACUUUUCUUUGGGUGUCAAUGACUUCAUUGAUAUUCUUAAAUAUUGUGCACGGUCACCUGAUCCUCUGGUAAGUAAAUCAAUAAGAAAAUUCAGUCAUCUGGAUAUCAGAAAUGACGAACCAGAUAUUCUCUUUCAGAUUUAACGUGAUUGGACCGGAACUUCAGAUCUAGCUUUUUAUGCUCUGGUUUCUUAUUGGAAACGCAAUAGACUUUAAGAGAAUAGAUUUUGUUGGCAUAU